GCAGAGCUCAGUUAGCAUGUUUAGACGAUCCAGAGUCCUCUAAAAGCAGAAUAAUCCUAGAAAACGUCUUCAGAGCUGACUCGUCUCUUCCGCCUGUGACUCUUGGAUGUUUUUAAAAUGUCCGGGUUUCAGAAUAUCUCAGAUGUCCAGAGGGUGGUGAUAAAAGAAGAGGUUCUCCCUGAACAGCAGGAGAGGAGCUCUAGUCCUAACCAGGAGGAGCCACUUGAAACAGUACACAUUAAAAGAGAACUGGAGGAUCAGUGGAACAGUCGGGAGCUUCAAGGACCAGAGGAGGAUGAUAUCAUCAUGUUCACGUUUGACCCUGCUCUUGUGAAGAGUGAAGAAGAUGAUGGAGAGGAACUUCAGUCCUCGCGGCUCCAUGAAAACCAAAGUGAAGAGGACAGAUACACUGCAUAUUUGAAAACAGAAGCUAAUGGAGAGGACUGUGGAGGACCAGAGGCAGACAGAGACUUUAAUCCAGACUGUUAUUUGCAAUCGGUUACUCUUGAUGAGACUUCAAACAUCUCUGUAUGUGACACUGAUGACAGUGGUGACUGGGAGGAGAGCGAUGAACCUCAGGAAGGUUUAAACCCUCUGCAAAAUAAUGACCUAGCUGUUAGUGAUAUUGAAUGUAACACUGGAAAUUCCUCAGUGAGCUCCUCUGAGUGUGCUCCAAGUCUUCGCCAAAAGAAACGACAUAAGAAACCGAAGGGAUCCCACACAGGAGAGAAACUAUUCAGUUGCUCAGUUUGUGGUAAAAGAUACCCAGGUGAGAAAAAUUUACAACAGCAUAUGCUGCGUCAUUCAGGAGAGAAACCGUUCAGCUGCUCUGUUUGUAAUAAAAAUUUUCUCUGGAGAGCAGAGAUGGUGACACACAUGAGAACUCACACAGGGGAGAAACCAUUUAGUUGCUCAGUUUGUGGCAAAAGAUUUUCCCUACAUGGAAACCUCAGACAACAUGCUCUUGUUCAUACAGGAGAGAAACAGUUUAGCUGCUCAGUUUGUGGUAAAAUAUUCUUAAGAAGUGGACAUCUUAAAAGGCACUUUCUCGUCCACACAGGAGAGAAACCAUUCAGCUGUUCUGUUUGUGGUAAAAGAUUUUCGUUAUGUGAAAAUCUGAGGAAACACUCCAUUGUUCACACAGGACAGAAACAGUUCACUUGUCCUGAUUGUGGGAGAACAUUUUCUCAACAGGUACAUCUGAAGCAACACUCAGUUAUCCACACAGGAGAGAAACCUUUUAGUUGUCAAGUUUGUGAUAGAAAAUUCACUAAGAUGGUGUAUGUUAACAAACACAAGUGUGUUGGUAAGACAGACAAAAAUAAAUGAAACCUCAACAUAGAACUUUUGGAGUGAACAGAUAAAGAAGGCCCACAUUUGCUGUUUUAAAAUGUGAAUUGAAAAAUAAAACAUGAUUUUUAUGUAAUAAUACGGUUUAAUAUAUCUGUAGUUAAUGAGCGCUCCAAUUGUUAAAAUAAAACUCCUUGUGUUUUAAAUGUUUAAUUGGACUAAUUAAUUGACAAAUUUACCAAAGAAUUGGUUUCGAUUUUUCAGGCUUGUCUCUGUACAGUCCUCAGGUGCUACAUGUAUGAAAAAAAAAAAAAGAGUUGUUGAAUUCUGCAAUUAUUCCUAAAUACACCAUCGUUCAUUUUUGGUAUAACAGUUAAAUUUCAGUCAACUACCAAGAUGUGUCUGUCCUUCCAUUUUGGGUUUAUUAAUUUGUAAACAUCUUUUAAUCUGCAGAACUUGAAUUUAAAAAAGUGAAUGGACAAAAAAUGAAAACCUCUGGAAA